GCGGGGUCACGUGACAUCCCGUCGGUAACGCAAGAUGGCGGCGCCCAUGUUGCUGCCCGAGUCCCCUCUGGGGAAGCUGAGCCAUCAGAAAUAUAGAGCCAUUCUGAAGAAAGAAAAGCGGAAAAAAAAGCGGCAGGCACUUGCCAAACUGAGAGACUCAGAAGCUACAGAAAAAGAUGAAUCGGUGUCUGAGGAGGAAGACGAGGAGCUUGAAGAAGAAGAAGAUGAGGAAGAGGAAAAAAAACUUGAGGCAGAAAGACAAAAACUACACGAACAGUGGUUGCUGAGGGAAGAAAAGGCUCAAGAAGAGUUCAAGCUUAAGAAAGAAAAAGAAGAGGCUGCAAGAAAACGUCAAGAGGAAGAAGAGGUGAUAUAUAAACUUAGUGUUAUAGUUACAUCUGGUAAUAAGGAAGACUUAGAAACUUUGUUUAACAUCUUCUGCUGUAGUGUACCAAGUUUUGUUGAUGUUGAUGUCUAAAAAUGUAAAAAGAUCAAAGAAGAAUGGGAAGAGCAGCAAAGAAAAGAGAGAGAAGUGGCACAGCAGAAGCAACAGGAGAAGAGAGAAAGAGAGGCGGCUGUGCAGAAGAUGCUGGAUCAAGCUGAAAGCCAGCUGGAGAAUGGUGUGACCUGGCAUAACCCAGAGCCCCCGGAGAACAUAGGAACAGAGAAGGAUAGAGCAAAUUGCCCAUUCUAUAUCAAAACAGGUUCCUGCCGAUUUGGAGACAGGUGUUCCCGCAAGCAUAACUAUCCAACAUCCAGUAAGACGCUGCUUGUCCGAGGGAUGUUCAUUACUUUUGGCAUGGAGCAGUGUCGAAGGGAUGACUACGACACCGAUGCAAGUCUCGAGUACAGUGACGAGGAGACCUACCAGCAGUUCCUAGAGUUCUACGAGGACGUGCUCCCUGAGUUUCAGAAUGUGGGGAAGGUUGUUCAAUUCAAGGUCAGCUGCAACUAUGAGCCUCACCUACGAGGGAACGUGUACGUCCAGUAUCAGACGGAAAAGGACUGUCAGGCAGCUCUUGCUCUGUUCAGUGGCCGAUGGUACGCAGGCCGGCAGCUUCAUUGUGAAUUUUGUCCUGUGACAAGAUGGAAGACUGCUAUUUGUGGCUUAUUUGAAAGGCAGAAGUGUCCAAGAGGGAAACACUGCAACUUUCUUCAUGUGUUCAAAAAUCCAAACAAUGAGUUCUGGGAGGCCAAUAGAGACAUACGCGUUUCUCCAGAACGGACUAAUCAGUUGUCUAAAAACUCUGAAAGGAGAAACAGAUCGAGCCAUCGUGAUGACUAUUACAGCCGGUCAAGGAGAAGGGGCAGCCCAAGCCCAGAUCAUUCUUACAGGAGAAAUGGGGAAUCUGAAAGAAAAAAGAAUCGCCGCAAAAACAAGAGAAGGCGCCGAUCUGGCAGGUCGAGAAGUCGAGAAAGGAGGAGGUCGCGCAGCAGAGGGAGAAAGAGGAGGGGACGCAGUCGCAGCAGAAGUUACAGUCGAACACGUAGUCGGAGCAGAAGUCGGAGUUCCUCUCGAUCCAGGAGUAGGGGCAAAAAGAGGUCAAGCAGCAGAGGAAGAAACAGUGAAACUCCCAAAACGAAGUGAGAAAUAAUUUCAGAAAUUGCUAAUUGAUCAAAUGUAGAGCUGACAAAGAAACCUUUCCAAUAGGGCAGCAGAUACAUUUGAGUCACAAAUAAAGUGUUCUUGCACAUUAAAAUGUUUCUUCCUAAUAAAGGACCCUAGUUUACUGUGUGCUAAGCUUCAGAAAAUUAAAAGUCCUAUAUAAGGUGUAAAUGUCAAGUACUCUAGCUACUCUGUCCCUCUGAACUACUGCAACAUUUGGAUGCAUACUGAGUACAAAAUAGAAAGAAGUAAAGCUUUUUUGGUAUAUGCUUA